UUUAGCACAUCUGUCAAAAUUGUCGUCUUAGUUUUAAGUUCAUAAUAUCAAAAUUCAUGUUCAUUCAUUUUCAUGUUGUCACUCUUCAGAAGUGUUAAAAUUUUUUGUUUAAUACCAGCGAUUUUUAAAAAAAGCCUACAAACAUUUAUCAAAGAUAAUAUCAAACCAACGAGAUCUUGGCGAUGUACACCGUUCGUAACUCUUAUCCCUUCCAUAGCACCCAAACUGAUAAGCUCUGAAAUCACUCCUUUUGAUGUAGAAGAAAAUAUUGGCGAGCUACUAAACUUGGUUAGACACGCAAUAGAUCGUGGAGAAAUAGAAAAAGCCGAGGCUAUUCUAGAAAUUGGAAUUAAAAUUUGCGAGGAAUAUCAGUCCUAUUUUGCUCUUCCUUAUAUGUACGAUGUACUAGCUUCUAUUGCUUUAGCAACUGGAAAAUUAGGGAAAGCCGAAAAUCUUUUAGUGAGAGUUAUAGAAAAAAUGAUUCAACUGGAUAUAGCGGAAGACAACGAUCAAAUGAUUGAUUUCAAACUCCGACUCUCCAGAAUUUAUAGUUUGUAUCAUGAAGACUUACUUGCUGAAAUAGGUUUCAGCACGUGUCUCAAGGAACAAGAAAAUAAGAUUUUAAACGGCGACACCUCUACGAAAACCGGACUGAUUUACAUAAAUUGUUUAUUUUUCUACGGACUUCAUAAAAUGAACACUUCGGAGCAUAAAACUGCAAAAAAACUCAUCGAUUCUGCAUAUAGUUACGCAAUGAAAUUGAAAGGACUAAGCCCCUACCAAGAAUUAAUGAUAUUAGGAACAUUGGCAGAUCUUAAUACGGAAAUGCAAGACUAUGAAAUCGCUCUCCAAAAUGUAAAUAGCGCUAUAAUUCUAAGUAAAGGUGUUGGAAGUUUAGAUUUACCAAAAUUAUAUUUGAAACUCGCUAAAAUAUACAUCAAAUUAGAUUCUUAUAACAUUGCCCAUGACUGGUUACAAGAGGCAUAUAAGUUAGGGGAAUUGUUUAGCGACGCAAGAGUGGUAGAUGAAGCAAAAGGUCUUAUAGAAGACAUUAAUGUGAGAAUAUUUUAAAUAUAGACAAAAA